UUACCCAGAGAUUAAAAUGAAGAUAUUUGGAGUAUGAGUCUUUCCUCUUCUUGCUAUUUCUGAUGGCACACUUUUCAACACAACACCGUCAUGUGAAGCAGAUGGCAUAACUGAGUUGAUAUUUGCCUUGGUUUAUUUCCUUGCUACCAAAGAAUGCAGGAGUGGGAGGGAAGGUGGUAACCUUUCCAUUUGUUUUUUUUUUCCUUUCAUCACAGUGAGGCUGUUUCACACAACUGAAGGAGCAUGUUUUCUGAAAUGGACAGCAACCACACUGUUGCAUAUUAUGAAACUCUGGCUUGUAAUUUAACUGCCCCUGGUCAAGGUGCAAUGCAAAUAGUCCAGCUCUUCUUGAUGCCAUGGAUCUUUUUGGCAGUGUUGGUGCUUGGUGUGCCCCUUAAUGUCAUCUCCCUGUGGGUGUUGUCCCGUCGGGUGGUACGGAGUAAUCGGAGUACCCUGUUUCUCCACAACCUAGCCCUGGCUGACAUUUCCUGGCUGAUGGCCUUGCCGUUCCUCAUCCAGUUUCACUUAUCUGGGAUGGAGUGGUCACUCGGCGUCUUUUUCUGCAAACUUAUCCGUAUGCUCUACCACAACUACUUCUACCUGAGCAUAUUCUUUGUGACCUGUGUGAGUGUAGACCGCUACCUGGCCAUCGUUCACCCUGUUCAUUCACCUGUUCUCCUUACUCGGCAACGUGCCAUCAUGUUAUGUGUCACUGUUUGGGUGUUUGCCAUAGUGAUGAGCAUCCCAGUGGCCCAGCUGACUUACAUCUCAAACUGUCAGAGUGACAACAAGACUGUGUGCUCUAUGUACAUCUUUAUGAGUACUGUAAAUCAGAGCCUAUCAUAUUCCCUCUGCUGUACCUGUGUUGGAUUCCUGCUUCCCUUUAGUGUGCUGAGCUACUGUUACAUGCGCAGUGUGUGCCAGCUGCGCAGGCGGGUUGACCCACGUCUCAGAGGACUGGCCUGUGAGCUUGGUGCAGUCAUGGUCUUGUUUGGACUCUUUUACUUACCAUAUCAUGUGAGUCGGAAUGUGGCUAUCGCCAUGCCAUCACUAGCACCAGAUAAUCCGUCAGCAUGGGAGGUGGCUGACUUAGUGUUUUGUCUAGAGAUGUGCGUGUGCAGUUUCACCUCCUGUACUAACCCUCUAUUCAGCUGCUUUUUGGGGAGGACACUCCGGAGGGAGCUAUGGUCAACUCUCACCAAGCUGUGGAAGAAGCACAGAGUGGAGCCGGAGCAUAAGGAGGACGGGAGAGCCGAGGAGUCCCCGAUUACAAUUAAUAAGGCAGCAAAUUAGACUCCGUGCCACCAGUCCACCAUUGCCUCUAUAAACUUGUUUACACUACGAAAAAUCUCCUCUAAUCAUUCUAUUUAGAAGAAAGAAAGAGUGCAUCAGAUGAUACAAAUUUACAGACAAAAUUAAAAGAAGAGCUACAGUCUAGUGUUACAGUGCCCACUUGUGGUCAUUUUAUAAUACUAGUCGUUUUGACUCAAUUAAUCGUGUCCUAUUGUUCUUUCUUUUUUGUUCCUCUUUUAUAUAUAUUUUUUCUUUCCUUGUAGACAUUUUUAGCUAUCAUGCCUAAAAAUAUUUCUUACAUUGCGUUGCUAUGUAGCUGAAGGUGGACACGCAGAAACCCUGCAUUUUAUUCCGUGGAAGUUGUAUUAAUAUGUCUUCGGCAUUCUCUAACAUGCACAUUGUGAACAUUAACCUCGUUUUUCUGGAGGCUUUUGGGAGGGUGUGCUGGGGUUUUUUUUACACUACAUCAGCAUCUUUCUAUAUUCCUGUUUCUUCUCAGGGAAGCUUAAAGACCCUUAUUGAUGGUGAAAACUCGUUUCCAUGGUACUGCUUCCCUUACAGCUUUAAAAUGACUUUUGAUGCAUCACAUAAUAAUAA